AUGCAGGAGAGUAAGAUCCCAAAGAGAUUUACAACAGUUGCACAGUCAUAUUGUAAAAUACGUAUUAUAUUCUUUAUUCCAGAAUGCAUCUGUAAAUAUUGUUAUACGACUAGUACAGGGGCGUAUACUUGCCAGAACUCUUAUGGAGGACAGGAGACAGGACAGAUAGCGGGUAUCGCUAUCGGAGCUACAGUGGCACUGGCCUUACUGAUCGGGGUCUUAGUUUGCUGUAUCACAAAAUGUAACAAAAAGAAGAAGUCCCGGUCCCAGGCAACGAGGGUGCAAGUCAACGAAGCUAACAGACACAAUCAAAUGCCAAUGAACAGUAUCCCAAUGUAUCCAGCACUUCCCAGAGCUCCGCUCCCGGAGUACGCCCCUCCGUCUUACGAUUCCCACAACUUCAACCAGCCCCCUCCAACCGUUUCAGCCACGGUUACGGGCCCUGGUCUCCAUAGCAAUGGCAUCGGUGUCCAUGGCAACGACGAUUUACCUCCGGCGUAUUAAUCUGUGUUAUCUCCGCGCCCAAGUGUAGCUAUUCCAAAAAAGACUUUCAUUUCUCAAUUUAUGAAUGCCAGAGAGAUAAUUCAUGGUCAUUUGGUCAUGAAGGUUUCAUUUGAUCAUUUCUUUUUUUUCUUUGACUUUAAAUAAUAUUUGUUGACACUUAUUUGAAAUCAAUCAAUUACAGCCAUCAUUGUUUUUUGUUAUACUCAUUUAUUUGUUGAUCUUGUGUUCUUUCUUUUAUAAAACUUACUCUUAUUUGUUGUUUUUUUUCACAAUUUCUCAAUAUUAAAUGGGGGCUAUUUUACACAUUUUCACAUUAAUUCUGAUAUCACCACUUACUCUGCCUAUAUGAAUGCUUG